CAGUGGCAACAACUCUUGUAGUGUCAGUGUCAAGUGUCAGUCGUGUCAGUGUCAGUGUCACUUGUGUAAUGUGAGUGGAGCAUAGUGAAUAGUGAAGUGAAUAGUGGAGAAGUGGAGUGACUGUGGCAUUUCAUUUAUAUUUCGUUCGGAUGAAGUUUUGUUAGAAAUUCCAAAUUACGAAGUUACCAAAAAUCAAAAUCUUUAGUACAACUAAUAUGUUCUUAUUUGCAAUAGUAUUCUGAAAUGAUUUUUCAUUGUUAUUAAAUUAAAGUGUUCGGUAAAUUGUUGACAAUAACCAUGAGCCGUCAUGAAGGUGUAAGCUGCGAUUCCUGUCUAAAAGGAAACUUUAGAGGACGCAGAUAUAAAUGUCUAGUUUGUUAUGAUUAUGAUCUUUGUGCAACAUGUUAUGAAGGAGGAGCCACUAAUACCAGACAUACUACUGAUCAUCCUAUGCAGUGUAUAUUAACAAGAUCUGAUUAUGAGCUGUACUAUGGUGGUGAAGCUCUUACGAGUUUGGAAUUACCCCAAUCUUACACGUGUCCAUAUUGCUCUCGUAUGGGAUUUACUGAUGUUACAUUGCAAGAGCAUGUAACUGCUGACCAUCAAGACAUUAAUUUUGAAGUGGUCUGCCCACUUUGCGCUGCAAUGCCAGGCGGUGACCCAAACUUAAUGACUGAUGAUUUCUCUGGCCAUUUAACUUUGGAACAUCGUACUGGUGCAAGAGAUUUAAUUUCUUUUUUGGAUGAGCCAGUAGGAACUAGACAUAAUGUUAGACGCAUUCCACAUAAUACAUCUCAUGGUACCACUCAUUUGGGUAGGGGUUCAACCACUGCUUUAAGACCAAGGAGAAGCAAUAUGCAUUUUGGCUCUGGAGGAUUGUCAUCUUCAUCCCCUUCUUCAAGAGAUUCUGUGGAUCCAAUAGCGGAACUGCUAUCUCAAUUAUCAGGAGUUAGAAGAUCAGCAAGCAAUACUAAUAGCAGCACCCCAACCCAAUUACAACAGCUACAAAUGCAGUUACAAUUAGAAAGACAACAAGUAAAUGCUGCGAGACAACAACUAGAGCGGUAUCCCAGACGACAAACUCAGAGCCAAACAUUGAGAGAACCAAACACAUCAAAUUGCUCUUCGUCUACAUUGAUGCUCAACGCAUCUCCAGUUGUUGUUCAGACAUCAUCUAAUACACCAUUAGCGCCAUCGCAACAAUCACAAUUUUUGCUAACAGGCUUAUUAGAAGAGCUUUCACUUCAGACUGCAUCUGAACAAGUUCGAAGAGAGCGAAGCAGAUUUGUCCAGGAAUUAGUAAUAGCAUCCGCAGAAAGGAAAAUAGGAGAUCAAAAAACAAUCGGCACACCCAAUACCAAGUCCAUCUACAAGCGAAAGGAAACCCGGGCUCAAGAUGAUCUACUCAAAGAAGCCGCCACUUGCAGCAAACCUCGACCAAUCAGUGUUAUUCUUCGUGGAAGGGCCAGGAGCGAUGCACAAAAUGCGAAAAGAAGAGCAGAAGCUAACCGAAAUAGUCAAAAUUUACAUAAAGAGGGUACUGAUACUAAUAAUGGAGCUGGAGCUUGAGUUAUAUAUAGUUCAAUUGAAAUUUCAUUUUAGAAUUAAUUGUAUGGUAAUUUAUUUAUAAAUUGUGAGAAAGGCGAUUAAAUUUCAUUUCAUUACUAUUAAAA